UGUUUCCUUUAGAGGAUGGAUUUCCCUCUUCUGCAGAGCCCCAGAUAGAUUCCUCCCCCUCUCUCUCUCCCUGUCUGUCUGUCUGUCUGUCUGUCUCUCACUCCCACCCCUCUGUGCGCGCAGCACCUGUACUGCUGCUGCUGCUCCUCGCGCGUCAGACGAUGGCAACUGAUUCAUUAGACCUUCCUCUCUCUCUGUCGGACUGGGUGCAGACCGAGUCGACCUUGCGAAGCUGGUACAGGGAUCUCCUCCUGCAGCCUCUCCACUCUUAUCUGCACGCGUUUAUCUCAACAACAACAACACUGGAACAAACUUUUUUUCAUUUUUACGCACAGGUUUCCCAAUUUGGAUAAAUCAGCCAAGAACAUCUCUGCUCCAUCUCCAUCUCUAUCUCCAUCACAACAACUUCAAGAAGGAUCAUGCAGCACAUUUAUGUGGCUGUGAUAUUUUAUGCUUAUGGAGUCUCAGCACUCAAUGUCACGGAGGAGAAGGCGGCGUGCCCCCUUGGAUAUUUCCCCUGUGGCAACCUGACCGUGUGCCUCCCUCAGCUCCUGCACUGCAACGGCAUCGAUGACUGUGGAAAUCAGGCGGAUGAGGAGAACUGCGGGGAUAAUAACGGAUGGCCGCAUCUUUUCGACAAGUAUUUUGGAAUGCCGAGCCAUAACACCGGGACCAGGUCCAACGUAUGCUUGCUGGGUGUCGUUCCUGAGCUCUGUCAGUGCCGAGACCUGGAGCUGGACUGUGACGGCACACAGCUUCAAGACGUCCCGGUGGUGGCGAUGAAUGUCACCAUGAUGUCUCUACAAAGGAACCGUCUUCAGAAACUGAGAGCAAACACAUUCUUUAAGUACCAGAGCCUACAAAAACUAUAUCUCCAACACAACAUAAUUCAAGAUGUGAAUCCUGACGCAUUCAGAGGGCUGUAUAACCUCACAAGACUAUAUCUGAGCUAUAACAAGAUAUCUGCCCUGAUGCCGCGGGUGUUCCAGGACCUGCACAAGCUGGAGUGGUUGAUCUUAGAAAAUAACAAUAUCCAUCAAAUAUCAACCACGACCUUCACAGGACUGAACUCCCUCGUUUUACUGGUUUUGAUGAACAACUCUUUGACAAAGCUGGAUGACAUCUGCCGGGAAAUGCCAAGGUUGAACUGGCUGGAUCUGGAGGGAAAUCUAAUUGAAACCAUUGGAAAUGUCUCAUUCAGCUCGUGCAGUAUGCUGACAGUCCUUGUUUUACAGCAGAACAGGAUCAGCUAUAUACAUGAACAAGCUCUCUCAGUCCUCCAGAAGCUAGGAGAAUUGGAUCUAUCCAGCAACAGACUGGUGGCAAUCCCACCCAAUCUCUUUGUCUUAUUGGGGGAUUUGCUCCAACUGAAUAUAUCGUACAAUCCCAUCGUGGAGCUCCAAGUGGACCACUUCGACAAGUUGCAUAAGCUGAAGUCAUUGAGCAUAGAAGGCAUAGAAAUUGGAAACAUACAACGGAGGAUGUUUGAACCUCUCAAAUACUUGACUCAUAUCUACUUCAAGAAGUUCCAGUACUGCGGCUACGCUCCUCAUGUGCGCAGCUGCAAACCCAACACCGACGGCAUCUCGUCCUUCGAGGACCUGCUGGCCAACAUCGUGCUGAGGGUCUUCGUGUGGGUGGUCUCCGCCACCACCUGCUUCGGCAACAUCUUCGUCAUCUGCAUGCGCUCGUACAUCCGCUCGGAGAACAAACUCCACGCCAUGUGCAUCAUUUCUCUCUGCUGUGCAGACGGGCUGAUGGGCAUCUACCUCUUCAUGAUUGGCGCGUAUGAUCUGAAGUUCCGCGGCGAGUACAACCGGCACGCUCAGGCCUGGAUGGACAGCAGUCAGUGUCAGGUCAUCGGCUCUCUGGCCAUGCUGUCAACUGAGGUAUCCGUCCUCCUCCUCACUUACCUCACUCUGGAGAAAUACAUCUGCAUCGUCUACCCUUUCCAGUACUUGACGCCCGGCUGGCGACGAACUGUCACCAUCCUUCUCGGGAUAUGGCUGUUUGGCUUUAUCAUCGCCCUUCUGCCACUGGCCUGCAAGGGGCUGUUUCGCAACUUCUACGGGACCAAUGGAGUCUGCUUCCCGCUGCACUCAGAGCAGCCAGAGACGCUUUGGGCUCAUGUUUACUCCAUCGUCAUUUUCCUGGGUCUGAACUUGGUGGCAUUCCUCAUCAUUGUCUUAUCCUAUGCAAGCAUGUUCUAUAACAUCCAGAGAACAGGCACUCAGACCACUAAAUACAGCAACCACAUCAAGAAAGAGGUGACCAUCGCCAAAAGGUUCUUCUCCAUCGUCAUCACGGACUCCCUCUGCUGGAUCCCCAUUUUCAUCCUGAAGAUCCUGUCACUGCUGCAGGUGGAGAUUCCCGGUACCAUCAGUUCCUGGGUGGUCAUAUUUAUUCUGCCCAUCAACAGCGCCCUUAACCCCAUCCUUUACACUCUGACCACGCGGCCUUUCAAAGAGACCAUCCUGCAGGUGUGGGCCAAUUACAGGCAGAGGAGGCCUCUGCUCAGCGGUCACCCCGCUCAGCAUCCGUCGCUCACCUGGCAGGAAAUGUGGCCCCUGCAGGAGAACAGCCACGGCCUCGCCACGGGGCACCCGCUGGAAACGACAGCCGGCACGAUAGCCAAGCUCACCCCCGUGGAAAAUACCAGCGAGGGAUACAAUGACAUUAACACAUGCACACAGCAACUACAGAAGCAGCAUACAGUGCUGUUAGUAUGCUCAAAGAAACAAACAACGCCACACACACUCACACCCACCCACUCAUACACAAACAAAUGAGCCGGGUAGCAGAUUUACAUAUAUCUGUUCAGAAUUUCAUCAAAGAGUCACCUCAACAGAUUAAAUGGGAUUCAGGUUUAUUCAUCUCAGCAGAUAAGAGUUGAUUUGUGCCCAGAUUUCUCCUUUGUGGUUAAAAGUCAUUACUAUCUUUAUAAAUCCAACCAAGCAGCAGUCAUCAUGGCAAUGGAUGAAGUCAGCGCAGAAAUCCCACAUGUGGCAGAUCAGCUCCUCUAAUGUUUUCUUCAAAAAGAAAUCUAUCAAUACAGAGCAGAAGCCAUGCCCCACUUUUGGUUUGGCUUUUGUUCCACUAGCUUUCAUCGCUCAGUUUCAUUUCUCACACUUCUCUCAUCAUUUUUUUCUGAAAGCUGUGUGUUCUGUCCUUUUAUUCUGAGCUGAAUAUUAAUUUAUAUAUUAUUAGGGCUGUCAAAGUUAACGAGAUAACGCAUCAGCACAAAUUAAUUUUAAUGCAACUCAUUUCUUUAACGCAACUUGCGAUUUUUAGGUUGU